CGCCAUCGGUUCUUCGAGUGCGCAAGAACUGACGUGUGCUUGACAGAAGCAGCUGAUCGGAGCAUCAUACAAUUUAAUAUAUUCAUUCCUUUAUUUCUUCGCUGUUAGGUUAAUAUCUCGCUAAUUGAUAAAGUAAUGUUGGGAAAAAUUAAAACGAAGCUGGAGAAAAGCGGCGAGAUCAUCGCAUAUAGCGAGACGGCAGUUGCAAACAAUGCUGCGGUCGUAGAAUAUUGUAAGAUUUCAAUGGCAGCUUUAUCGGGCGGUACAGCUGGUUUGCUGGGAUUGACUGGCUUGUACGGAUUCGGAUUUUAUGUCUUCGCAGUUUUUGGACUAUGGGCAAUGCUGUUGAUGAAAGCUGGAGGCCAAUGGAGAAAAUAUUUCAUCAGCAGGCGACAUCUCUUAACCAGCGGAUUCUUUGGAGGGCUUUGCACAUAUGUAUUGUUUUGGACAUUUUUAUAUGGAAUGGUUCACGUCUAUUGAGCAGGCGAAUUUGCAGCGAUUGUGACAUUACGCAAUUAUUUAAAUACAUAAUGUUGCAUUAUUAACUUAAGUCAAUCAUUGUAUUUAUAUUAUUUAAGCUUUUCGGAUACUGACCAAAUAAACAGCGAAACGUUCACGUGAUGUACAAGUAUAUCGAUAUGUAUAUAGAAUACACUUUUCAUUAAAAUGAUCGCGCCAUUUAUUAUCCAGUAUUUGAAUGUCAAAGUAGACAAUAUAAGAACCAAUGCAAUAAAGAUAUUAGGAGCCACAUUUUUUAUUGGAUGUCUGAUAUAUAUAUUUGCAUAAUAAAUUAUUAAUUAUUGAAUUAUAAUUAUUUGAUGAAGAUUACUGGUAAUCAUAUACAUAUAUCUAUACAUGCAACGCCUGUGAACACAUUCGUAAAUAGUUAU